AUGAUUAGUUUGAUAAAUCUGUUUUUUAUCCCAACGAAGCAGCAGUGUGCCUUGCAAGAAAAGCUGUUCUGUGUUGCUGCCGAAUGCUUCUGGAAACUGUUUACAAGUAAAGCUGGAAUAGGAUGUCCAAAAAGUCUGGUGAAAAAGCCUUCAGCGGCAGGGCCUGGAGGCACGAAAAUGGCGCUGACCGCUGGCGUGGUUCCAUCAUUCACUGAUAUUGUGCUAAAUUUUGCGACCACAUCGAUUUCGAAUGACAAUAUUAUUGAUCAACUUAAAGGUAACGGUUACAGGUUGACAUUUUGUGGCGAUGAGACCUGGCUGCAGUUAUUCCCUGGUCGUUUCGAUAAUCACUCGGUGGGUACUACAUCGUUCUAUGUCAAUGAUUAUAAAGAGGCGCUGACUGCUGGCGUAGUUCCAUCAUUCGUGGAUAUUGUGCUAAAUUUUGCGACCACAUCGAUUUCGAAUGACAAUAUUAUUGAUCAACUUAAAGGUAACGGUUACAGGUUGACAUUUUGUGGCGACGAGACCUGGUUGCAGUUAUUCCCUGGCCGUUUCGAUAAUCACUCGGUGGGUACCACGUCGUUCUACGUCAAUGAUUAUAAAGAGGUUGACGAACAAGUAACGCAGUGCAUGAACGAAAAGCUGCAAAAUGAUACUAUCGGGACGUGGGACCUGAUGAUCCUUCAUUACUUGGGCCUUGAUCACAUCGGCCAUUCGUUGAGUGGAAUGCACAGUGAAAUCAGCAACAAACUCGUCGAAAUGGAUACUGUUAUUGCGGAAUUAUACAGGAAGCUUCAUGAAGUCUAUCAGAGGAAUUUUUACAUCAUUGUGCUUGGCGAUCAUGGGAUGACAGAAGGUGGAAGUCAUGGCGUAGCACUCAUUGAACAAGUGGAUAUCGUUCCAACAUUGGCCUCCCUCUUCGAUGUACGCAUUCCGAACGAAAAUCUUGGAGUCACGAUGUUGCCCCGUAUUGCCACUGAUCCUCUCGAUCCCUCAGUGAUGGUAUCACUUUUGCGGAACUCUCAACAGUUUCAGGAUUUGGGAAAGACGUUUUUAGUAGCAUUCAUUGAACAAGUAGAUAUUGUUCCAACAUUGGCCUCCCUCUUCGAUGUACGCAUUCCGAACGAAAAUCUUGGAGUCACAAUGUUGCCCCGUAUUGCCACUGAACCUCUCGAUCCCUCAGUGAUGGUAUCACUUUUGCAGAACUCUCAACAAUUCCAAGAUUUGGGAGUACGCAAAUAUUGCACGCGUGAUUCCUCGUUGGCUCCAUAUUCACUGGUUUCGGAAUGUUCUGAAAGACUGCGUGAGAUCCAGGCAUGGCUAAUACUUUUGGAGACGAAUUUUGAUAAUGGACAAAUAAUGGCUGGCAUUGCUUUGUCCUUCAGUGUAAGUUUAUCAGUGUGUGUGUGUGUGUUUUUUUUUUGUAAUAUUAAGAUAGGAAAAAAAACCUUGCUGUGCUGCCAUUUUCUUUGGUUAAUGCAAAUUUUUCCAAUUUAUGAAGUUAUUUUUGCACACUGAGC